ACCAUCGACAUGCUGCGCUAGCGGCACCAGCGGCUUGUGGCAGACAGCAUGGAAGCAUACCCACCCGACUAUGUCCAGCACAAUUUGCCACUUGUCUUGGUGUCAGGCUUCGGGGAAUUAGACAACGAUGGCUCGCCUCCUGGCCGACAAGAAUAUGGUGCUCGUAUAUCAACGCAGUCCCCAGAAUGCCUUUCCGACCAGGCAAAGCGUCUCCUUCAGGGUCUGAGGGCUUUAGACGGCACUGGAUGUGCUUGGAACUCUACAGCCUUGCCAGGAUCCACCGGGAGUGUCCGUUACCAGAUCAAGACCGUUGGCAGGUCGUAUACUCUACCUGCACGGAAGGCUGCUCCAUUACCAAAGGUACCUGGAUCAGAGUCUCCUCCUGUCGCUCGGAAUGCUGAGCUUCAUUCUCCAUUGUCUCCGCUGUCGCCAGGCUCUCCCGUGUUUCCAGACGGCGUCUUUACACCGCUAUGGCUACAUAAACAUCAGCACCAAGUCCCGUGCCUCUUUGUGGCUGUCUUUCAGAUUCGAGCAAACGAGGCCUCGCAGGACGAGCGCCUGAGAGGAGAUAUCAACGCCAUCAAACAUGCCCUGACACGGUCAAUGUUCAAGACACGUCUCGCUGUAAUUCUCAUCAGUGAUCGUAGUAUCCUUGAUGCGCCUGAUCUCGAAGAUCGGAUAGCAGUGAUACGCAGAGCGGCGGGUCUCGAUUCUAAAACAGGUCUUUUCUUUAUGCCGCCAAUGUCUGCAGAAGCGGAAAUCACAAUAUUCGUGCAAGAUAUGAUGCGAUUGCUACAGCCAUCUUGUAUAGAGUACUACAGAGAUCUGACGAAGCGUGCUCGACGGAAGAAGGCGAGGGGCGGGCCUCCUCCUCUUUCUGGUACUCCAGUUGGAGGUGCAUCCCAAGCUACAACCCAGUCGGGAUGGAAUGUGCGCUAUGAGGUCAAACAAGGCGUCUUUGCCGAGUUCAGACAGGAAAUGGAUGUGGCAGAGCGACAUUUCUCUGCGGCUCUGGAGGAGCUCUUCACCACUGAAGGUGGUGUAUUCGAGACGACUUCGAAUUGGUCUCCACGAUGGGACGAAGUGAGAUUGCUGUCGGAUGCAACUGCUCUACGUAUAUUGCGUUGUCAGCUUUGGAAUGGCCAAACUACAAGGGCCGUGCAGUCGUGGGUAAACUACAAGAGCCGCGUGCGGGAUCUGCUCGACAGACGUGGAAAGGGAUCCGCAACCUAUUGCUGGAACGCAUGGGAGAGUCAAUGGGCGAAUAUCAUGUCGCAGCUCGUCCAGCUCGCAGACAUAACUCCGCUGCGCAAGUCACAUGACACCGGGAGCGAUCAACCAGGGGUUCAAGUGUACGCGCAACCAGAAAAGGGAGCAGCAAUAGGGGAACGACUGCCUGCAUGGUAUUCUCUCCAUCAUUCCGGUUAUUGGCUUCGACUUUUCGCCAAAGGCAUACGUGCUCGCUGGGAGAAGGCGUUGGCCAUUCCAGAAGAAGAUCGUGUGCCUCCAGGUCAGUCACCAGCGUCUUCGGUAGCUAAUCGGUGGCAAACAUACGACUCGUACCUCGUCCCAGAUCCACAUCAGGAAGCACCAUUGUCAGGAGAAGGUGCCUACGAUCAUGUCACUGAGCUCGGAAGAGCUUGUAUUCGAGCUGCGGAAGAGUUUGAAGCGCGCCAACAAGCUCGAAUGAGUGAGCAAAUCAAGCUGGAGCUGGCGGAGGACCUCAUCGAUGCUGGGAGUCGAUCAGAUGCUCUGCAACUGCUCACAGUGCUGUGGGAAGAAUCCACGUGGCGAGCCGACGACUGGCACAUACCGUUCAGGCGCUUGCUGCUCAUGCUUUUAGGAUGCGCACGGCACGACCAAUCACCCCAGCUCUCAUCCACGAUACCUGCUGUGGUCUGGGAACUGCUUGCGAUUGCGCAUAUCGAUGCCCCAGAUACGACUCUUGACCUGACCAACUGUUUGCAUGAUCGACAAGGGGAAGAGCCCAUCUCCUUGACAUUCACUGAUAAAACCAGGCUCUGCCCAUUCACCACUCAUUUCGCAUUUGGCACUCUGAGCAGCUAUGUCGGCGAAGCACAAGAAUGUCAGUUGACGUUGAAGCUCAAUGCUCCGCCAACUACUAAGCCGCUCCAGAUUUCAUCUGUUGCAGUGAAGCUCGGCAACAAGCAGGUGAUCAUCCGCCACGACGGAGCAGAAUCGGAUGUUGCAAUUGCAACGCCACUGCAGUCACUACAGUCAAUGCGAGAGCUCGACGAUGGCAGUUUGGAGUCAUCAGCAGAUCUACGAUUCCGCCCACAGACUGCCAAAACGCUAGAGUUUGCCGUCAUGCUACGAGAAGCUCGUGUAUGUGAUGUCGAUGAUGUUGUGAUCCAUGUCGAAACAUCAAAGUUUGCCCUGCGACAUAGAUUGUCACAGGAAAGCAUCUUGCCCACGAACCGAUGGCGUAUCGCAAAGGACGGCGUCAUGGACACUUUCUUGCUUCCACAUAUGGACUCACGUUUCAUGGCCAUCCAUCCUAAACCACCAAAAGUACAAAUCGCGCUUCAAGACCCGCGAAUACAGUACUUCACGGAUGAGCAUAUCCGCCUCAGCAUCAAACUAUACAAUGGAGAAGCCGAAGCUGUGACAGGCGCCAUCACACCCCGGAUCGAGAGCACCGAUGAUGAUCAGGCGCUCGACCUCAAGUGGGCAGGUGACGAGCCACCAUUUGACAUCACAAAAACCGUCUCUAACCUCGCCGCCUCUGCGAUUGUGAUGGUAGAACUUUUCGUCUACGCGCCACCUGAGGCAACUACAGUAACAUUGGCCUUGGAUAUGCAAUACACGCUGGCAUCAGAUCCUGGUACUACAUUAACGAAAACAACAUCGAUUGAUCUAAAGAUUGUGCCUGCUUUCGAAGCUAAGUUCACGUUCGCGCCUCGAUUACAUCUGGAUCCUUGGCCGAGCUACUUCUCGGCGCCCUCUACCACAGAAGACGUUCUAGAUGGCGUGAAACAAUUGUGGCACCUUGGAGCUCAGUUAUCUUCUCGUACAGAUCAAGAAAUCCUGGUGCGAAAAGUGGAACUCGCGGUUCAUGAAGUGCAGGGAGGCGCGUUGUGUACCAUCGGAAAUGCGAUUCAGGAGAAGGAAGAAGAAGAAACACUUUCUCUCGGUCCAGGAGAGAAAAAGGUGUCCGACUUCCAGCUGACAACACAGAAGUUCUCCCUCGACGACAGACGACCUACCCAUCUCGACCUAUCAUUGAUUGUGACGUGGUCGACGACCACAGGCUCCGCAGCCGAGGAGGCAGCAGAAACCAUCAUCGCAGCACCUCGUUUGACGAUUCCAACGACCGAGCCCAGAGUAUUGUGUACCAUCUCGCAGAGGGAGAAGACGAAGAAUGAAGAGUACCACAUAUUACAAUACCAUCUCGAAAACCCUUCGACCCACUUCCUCACUUUCGCUGUGACGAUGGAGGCUAGUAAUGAGUUUGGAUUCAGUGGACAUAAAUACCGAACGAUGAGUUUGGCUCCUCUGAGUCGACAUCAUGUCGAGUACCGAUUGCUGCUACACGAGGAAGUCGAGGAGGGGCGUUGGAUCAAGCCGAACUUGCAGGUUGUGGAUUCUUAUUACAAUAAGAACUUGAGAGUGAAUCCGGGAGGGCAAGGGGUUCAGUUGGGUAAGGAAGGGGAGAUUAUGGUGUGGGCAGGAGGAGUACCUAGUGGGGAAGAGGGACGGACGUAAGAGAUGAGGGUGAGAGUGAACUGAAGGGCGACCGGCCAAUGAUGCAAAGGCAGCAGAGUGAAGCUGAACAAGGUGGAAUAUUUCCGCCAGUGGGCGGAAUAUCAAUCCUCAAGUGAAGCAGUAAGGUCAGGUAUAUAACCAACGUGAUAGUGGAGGUUAUAGUAAUUGAUACCUGUAUGCACAUGCACAUGCAUAUGCUAUA